UAUAAUAAUAGGUUUCAUGUGACUAUUUAAUUACAUAUCGUUUUAGAAACCUAAAGUUUACAACAAUUAUGUUCUUCUCAAACGUAUUCCUAUAAAUCAAUUUUGUUUUUUUCGGAAAAUAAAAUUUAAAAUUGACUUUAACAUUUUUAAUGAAAGUUUCUUCAAUGAAUUUUUCAUAAAUAUUACAAUACAUUACUGAGAUAUAUGAAAUGGAGAAAAGGAAACAUAAAGGACUUGUGGGUGUUGUGUUGUUCUUCUCUUUACUUGCAUUUAUUGCUCAUGGAGUAGCAUUUGGUUUACCAUACUGGUAUCGCCAAUCUUUAAGUAGUAGUAUUAAUCUGUAUGGUGGAUUAUGGCAAAUUUGUGCCGAAAUAUCAGGAACUUUCACAUGUACGGAAAUGACUCCAUGGGACAGUGAUCUGUCAUGGUAUCAGAGAACAUGUCAAGGUCUAGCGAUUGGCGCUUCACUCUUAACAUUAAUCGGCAUCAUAAUACUAAUAGUAAAGCAGUGUAAAGGAUCCGAACCUGGGUGGAAAAGGGCCUAUCCUGUUUCGCGUGUUUUAUUUUUUGUUGGAGGCACGAUGAUUGAAGGUGUGACGACAGUGUGGGCAACAUGUCAAGAAGACAUAAUUAAAGAAAACAAGUCGUUUGCUUAUUGGGUCGAAUGUGGUGCAGGUGUUCUUUUCAUUGUAUCUGCCAUCCUGCUUGCAAUACGGAUGUAUGCUCCUUCAGAUCCUUAUAGGACUCCAACAGCUCAAUCAUAUCCAAAUACGACACCAACAGCUCAAGCAUAUCCUUAUAUGACGCCACCAGCUCAAGCAUAUCCUUAUAUGUCGAAUCAGCGUUUGGCAAAAUAUUAAUUUUCUUUAAAUUUAACACUUUUUCCGUUCGAUAUGUCCAUACUUGAAAACUUUUAACUCUGUUUUAAUUUGUACCAAAUAACACGUUAUUAAGAAUAGUAUGUAAACUGUA